UCUCCGUCAUCUUCCUCUUCUCAGGUCCGUCUCCUGACGAAUUAGGGUUUUUGAAUUUGGGGGGAGAUGUGGUUUCUAUGUGUCUUCUAUCACAGGCUACUAGACUUCAGAAAGCCAGAGGUCGAAGCUUUGGCCGAACUCUUCGGAGAAGAUGAGUCUCUUCAAUGGCGCCUCCCUGAACAUCACCAUAACGAUACUCCAUUCCACUUCGUUCAUCUUUCUUCCGAAGAAAUCGCACAGAACAUCGCCAAGAGAAGCAUAUUGGUGAAAGGAAUGUAUGAGCUUUGGGGUGAAGGAACUUGCUACGAAGAGCUUAAAGACUCCAUAGAAAGCUUCCCUGAUUCUCGCAAGCUCCCGUUUCUCGCUUCUGACUCCACAUUUAGAAUCUCCGUCGAAACUUUCGGAAAGGCUCUGACUUUCGAUGAGCAGAGGGAGAGAAUCAACUCACUUACUUACAUCCCCUUCGACGGAAAGGUUAACUUGAAGAACCCGGAUCACAACUUUUUCAUCAUGGAGAUGGAUGAGUCUGAAGAGAACAAUGGGCUUCAGCCCAUUCUCCAGAGAAGAAUCUUCUUUGGGAGGGAGGUUGGUUUUGCUGACAGGAAGCUGUUACCUGCUUUUCAGCUCAAGUCUCGCACUUACCUUGGCCCGACUGCUAUGGAUGCUGAAAUGGCUUUCUUGAUGGCUAAUCAAGCUAAAGCUACAUCUGGAAAGCUUGUGUAUGACCCUUUCGUUGGUACAGGGAGCAUUCUCGUUUCUGCUGCACGUUUUGGUGCAAUGACAAUGGGUGCAGAUAUUGAUAUCAGAGUAGUGCGUGAUGGACGUGGUCCAGACUGUAAUGUUUGGAGCAAUUUCAAGCAGUAUGGACUACCUAUGCCAGUUGCUUUACUUAGAAUGGAUAAUAAUCUUCCUCCUUGGCGUUCCGGGCUAAACGAGAUAUUUGAUGCGA